GAGCUUUCUUCAUCGCCUACUUCAUCAUUCUGAUUUUUUGUGGGGCGCCGUUGGUGUACAUGGAGCUAGCCUUUGGACAGUAUGCCAGCUUGGGGCCCAUCACAGUCUGGAAAGCAGCUCCCAUCUUUAAAGGUGUGGGCUACACCAUGGUGAUCAUCUCACUGCUGGUGUCCAUCUACUACAACAUGGUCACAGCCUGGGCGUUCCACUACCUCUUCACUUCACUCACUGCGCGCCUGCCAUGGGAAUUGUGCAACAACAGCUGGAACACCGCAAGCUGCACGAGCAACAAGUUCGCCUCGGACAACUGCUCGGGUCUGAACCAGACGGUGCUGGCGGCGCCAUCUUUCCGCAACCUGUCGUGUCACACCGUCCUCAGCAACUGCAGCGCCUACACCAGCGACCGCGUGGGCCAGUGCAUCGGACAGCUGCGGGAGGUGGUCGGGGGAGAUGCUGUCGUCAACUACCACAGGAUGGGACCAACUACACCAGUCCCAGCGAAGAGUAUUUCUAUCGGUCCGUGCUGGAUGUGUCGUCAGGCCUGGAUCGUCUCGGGGUCAUCAAGUGGCAGAUGGUCAUGUGCCUCCUGCUGUGCUGGAUCAUCGUCUUCUUCUGCCUCUUCCGGGGCAUCAAGUCAGCAGGCAAGGUGUCCUACGUGGUGGCGCUGGUGCCCUACGUGGCGGUGCUGGUGCUGUUGGUUCGCGGCGUCACAAUGGCGGGCAGCAGCAACGGCGUCAACUUCUACACCACCCCGAAGUGGGAGCAGCUGAAGCAGCCACGGAUGUGGGUGGACGCCGCGGCACAAGUCUUCUUCUCGUUGUCCAUCUGCUGGGGCGGCCUGACCACACUCAGCAGCUACAACAAGUUCCACAACAACGUGUACAGGGACGCCAUUCUGGUCUGUCUGGGCGACACGCUGAUGAGCAUCCUGUCCGGUUUUGCUGUUUUCGCCAUGAUUGGGGUCCUCAGUGACAAACUUGGUUCACCUGUCGAAGGUGUUAUUCAGUCAGACGUGGGCAUGACCUUCAUCGUGUAUCCAGCGGCUCUGCUGUCGUUCCCCGUGCCGUCGCUGUGGUCGGCGCUGUUUUUUCUGAUGCUGGUGACGAUGGGACUGGGCACCACCUUCUGUACCAUCGAAACAGUCGUCACCGCCAUUGUCGAUGAAAAUCCGGCCUUUCUCAAGAAGCGGCGCGUGUUAAUGCUGACUGCCGUCUGUGUCGUGUCCUUCCUUCUGGGCCUGCCGUGUGCUGCACAGGGAGGCUUGUACCUGCUGCAGCUGAUGGACGAGUAUUUGACAGGCUUCCCCUUGCUGAUAGCGGGACUUUGUCUCUGUCUGGGUAUUUCCGGCGUGUACGGCCUUCAGCGCUUCUGUAACGACAUCCAGCACAUGACCAAAGCCAAGGUGGGCGUGUGGUGGAAGGUCAUGUGGAUCUCUGUCACACCAGUCGUCAUCGUGUUCAUACUGAUAUCCUGUGGCAUCGGAUACCAAUCCCUGGGGAAGCAGUUUGAUGACAUCAGAUACCCGUGGUGGUCAGAGGUGUUGGGAUUCUCGCUAGUCUUCGUCUGCAUCCUCCCUAUCUUUGCCUGGCCCAUGUUUAAAGUUCUAAAAGGCAGUGGGCCAUUCUUGAAGAGAAUACAAAUGUUGUGUCGGCCGGAUCCUGCCUGGGGUCCCGCCCUGGAGAAAAACUGGAACUAUGUGGAAUACUUCCCGGCUGUUCAGACAAACCUGCUCGCAGUGGAGAUGGAGAACCCGCCUCUCAACACCAUCACAGGGCAAAAAGCAGGUGUUAAUUUUGACUGGAACCAAAGUGUGGACGAAGUUUACCCUCCCUGGCAGUUGAAAGUAGGGGCAGAUCGAGUGGAGUUUACCACAGUGGGUGUGCGGAUACCCAGUGUUUCCCAGACCAGCCUGCUACCUCUAUCCCAGCAUCACCCCGGCACUGUCCGAAUGAAAUCGGUCAAAACCCUGGACAUGCGGCAAAAAGCCAUUUUAAACCACGCCUACAGCAACCCCCAGUGUAACCUCUUUUAUGGCUCAGCGGAAAAGCUGACCCAAGGGACGCGAGUCAGUUCGUCGAGUGACGGCGCCUUGAACGACGUGGUUGUCGCCCAUCGCACGCGUCUCAAACCUGAGAUGAAGGAUGUUUGUACACAGACCGAUGUCAGCUGCUUUGAGAAACUCAAGAGACAAGUCUCUGAGCCGAUUGGUCGGGCCACAACGCCUCCGUCACCCGCCCCCUCCCUGUCGCGCUCCAUGUCCUGGAUGCAUGAAGGAGAGCCCGCAGUCAUAGAAGUGGAAGUGACCAAAUUCUAAACCUCACCAUCAUGCGGUAAUUUAACAUUCUUCUUGUAGGGAGGGGCAAAGAGGGAAAUCGGUGACUGUAUGUUGGAAAUACAUGAGUCCACACAGUCACCUUUCUUAACUCGUCUCCUCACAACCCAAACAGGCAAGGACUUGCCGGUCGUGGAGUCAGUCAAAUGCGUGCUGCUUGGUCGUGGAGGGAGCCUCAUCCAAACUCCUUUGGUCUAAGUAUAUAAAUAUAUUCUUCUUUUUUUUUUCCUUUUUUUUUUUUUUUUUUUUUUUGGAAGCCCAGUUUUAAACUGGUCGCUACCCUGGAUGUUGCCGACACGGUUGGGAACUGGGUUACCUACAGACCGACUUGAACCAAAGACCCAAGCACAAAACGUGUACUGAAGCAAACACGUGCAACAAAUGUGGCGUACUUAAAAAAAAUUAUUAACAAAAAGUUUUCGUGGAGUCGGAGAGUUGUUAUUCAGGAUCGGAUGGUUCCUUUCGAUUCCUGCACAGUUUAAAAAACAAAAAAGAAUUGAGCUGUCUGCGGCUGUUUAUUACUUGUUAUGGAUUCCUGAAAGGCCGCCCACAGCGGAAGAGGCGUUGUGCAAGCUUUGCGUGAAUGGUUAUCUACAUGUUGUGAUGUCAUCAACUUUUUAUACGGCACUUUCUGUGAUGUUUUCGCUGUGUCUUGAACACAGUCUCAGUGACCUGAACACGUGUUGGACAUGCUUCAUGCCAAAUCAGAGAGCGAGCGGCCAUCUUCUUGACGCGGGACAAAAAUGGCGGAAUCGGAGUAUGUUACCACGUCUGUGAUUCGCUAAAGUGAGUGUGUGGCGGCAUGUCACGUGCUGUGACGUAGCAAGCACGUGACAGCUCGAAUUGCUAGUGGUCUUUCUCUUGCCCUUGCAACCACCACAGCGUCCAUUGUUCGUCGCCGAGGCUGCUUGACUUCAGAAACAAAGAAACAACACUGCCAUGAAGGAUUUGUCUGUUUGAUUGUGCUGAAGUGAGCUUUUCAUAUUUAAUAUUUGAACAGAGAUGAGACAGCGGAGGACAAUGACUUAUUAUAGCUUCGCCAUUAGCAGAAGUAAGUAAAGAUUUUGCUUCAAAACAAGUUUUUCGUGAAGGUGUCAGUAUGUAGCUGAUUGAAUGAAAUUAUUAUAUGGUUUGACAAAAAAGUCUUUUAAAAGCAGCUUUUUGUUUUAAAAAUAAUUAAAAGCAAAGAAAAUAGAAUCAUCUGUAUGACAUCACUAGUAAUUUUUGCUUGUUGGUUUUCCAUAAGAAAUAACUUCUUUAUGAUUCUACAAAAUCUGUCAAUGUAUUUGUACUACUCUCAAAGUAUUUUAGGUCAGUUAGGGUAAUGUAUAUGAUUGCUGAUUAUAUUUAGUAAACAUUGUUUACUUAACUGCCAUACAUAAACUGUUCAAUGUUCACUGUUUAUAUUUAACACAAAAUGUUGACUAAACUGGUAGAAGAAAACUGUUCAAUGAUAGGUUUUGUUUUAAAAUAAACCUUAAAACGAGCAACUGUUGUACGGACGAUGGUGUUUGUGCGUGCGUGGGUAGUUUGGGGAAAAUAUAAAAAUCAAAAUCAUUUGGUCUCUUUAGCGUUAGUGUCCCUAUGCUCCUGGAGGAGUAACAAGGACUAAACUAAACUAAUUAUAUUAUCAGAAAUAUUUUAGAUAAACCAGGCCGAGCAGGUGUCGGACGAAUUAAAAGAAACAUGUAUUUCCUGUUUAAUCGUAAGAUUGGUAAAAAGUGUUUCACCUGUCGGUGAUAUCUUGAGGGUUAAGUUGUGAUGAAGGGGUGACAGAUCGGAGCAGGUAGGCAAAUGGGAGAUACUGGUUUUUGUUUCCUUAAGCUGCUGGAGGUUAGUGAAAGUCAUCUCACACCCAGGAUCCGACCUUUUUCUCAGAAUCUUUAUAAAUAAAAACCUGUUAAAUUUUGGGCUAAAAAAUAACUUCGGGUAUGAUGUGUGUUGGCGCAAUGAAUACUCGUUAUAACUCAUUAUAUUCUACUGUUUCUUCUACAUCCGAAUAUUUUCGUGUAGACGCCAUUAUCAUGUGCUGAAGUUUGCUGAAGAUCAGCAUUUAAUUUUCGGUGAGGUUGAGAACUCAUAAACGAAGGAAAAUAAAACGUAUAAAAAAUUUAAUAAAUAAAAAUUCAAGCCAAAGGAAGGAAAUGUUGUCCUUUCUUGCAUUGUGUUGUGAUAAUAUUAUUGGUGAGAACUACGCCCUUUCACUAAAUGCUUUACCUGAUACAUUUUAAUUAAUCGUAUAUAGAUGAGUCGGGAAUAAAGACAUCAUGGCCCUCGUCAUGACGAGCUCUCACACAACAUCAACUGGAAUUCUGUCCAAUAUGUGUAAGAAAUGUCUUUUAUAUUGCAAGACGCCCAUCACUAAAAAUACUACACGUGUAGAUAUUUUCGCCAAAAUGAAAUUAAAGCCAAACGUUCUAGCCCAUCUCUCUCUCUCCUGUUUCUUCUUCCUUCCCUUCCUUCUCCUUCUUCUUGUUCUUUCUUUUAUGGAAAAAGGCAAGAUAUAUUACUUUUGUAAUCUAUUUUAUACUGUGGUCUUGCGGUUAAUGCCAAACAGCUAUCCAGAAGACAUUUUGUGUUAUUUUCAUCCUUGUUUAGGUAAAUGCAUUUAUUAUCCCCGGUUUGUACAGUUUAAAAUAGAGAAAACCCGGAUGGGAUUUAGCAAUUCCUGUUCUACUACUGAAGCUCUUUUGGCAGAACUCGGAGGCCAGUUUUUCUUGACCUGUACCAAAUUGUCACCAGCGAACACAAUGACAAAGUUGACAUAAAAUAAAAAGAGAAAAUUAAAAUGCAUUUACAAUACUGUAGCUAAGGAUAUCCUUUCAUUUUCAAAACUGUAGCUCAUUUACUAUAUUUGAUUAAACGAACAUUGAGAGAAAUGUGAACUAGUCAGGUUUUUUUAACGCCAGUUGGAACUGAGGGUUGUGGUCAGUGUUUGGAGCGAGUCCAGGAUUGAUGGUAGCUAUAGCGACCCUGCUGUGUGUCUCACUAAUUAGUCAUGCCAUGUGGUACCACGUGACUAACACUUCUUUCGCAUGUCAUCUCUCUAUAGUUUAUACAACCGGAGACAGGAGCCCGAGACAGGCUUUCAUGGCAUCCCUCUCAUUAUUUCGUGCUGCGGAGUAGAUAGGACUGGGCCUAGGCUUUAUUUUUCUUUGAAUAUAGAUAGUAGCUGCAAUGAGAUAAUUGGGAGAUAAUUCUUAAUUAGCUGUACGUGGACUUAGAUGAAAAUUUGUAGCUAUUCAGUUUGAUGAAUAUUUUUUCAAAUAGAGUAUAAAACCGGUGAUAAUCACUAGGUGAUGUCAGCCAUUGGUGAUAUUGCAGCUUCAAGGCAGUGCCACGGAUAAUUUAUAAAGCUAUGGUGUGCAUAAAUAAGUGCUUAAUUAAAUUGCAGGUCUAAGAAAAUUUUUUUACCGCUGCAUACAAUGUUAAAAUUGUUGAUGCAUAACUUGUAAUUGUUAAAGCCAUUUUCUGUUGUUGUUGGUUUGAUUUUUUUUAUUAAUGUUUGUUAACUUGCUCGUUCAUUCAAAAAUGCCAUUCAUUCCUAUUCGUCUGUACAAAUUUUAUUCAUCUUCAUUAUAAAUAAUAUAGAGCUGUUGUUUGUAUCAAAAUAAAAUGAUAUUUUCCUAUGCAAGCAUAUUAUGAGUUUUGUAUAAAGAUCAGCAAGAUGUUUUGUAAAAAAAAUGUAUUUCUUAUACAUUGUUUUAAGGUGAUACAAGUUUAGUUGUGCAGAACGUGGCCAUUGCUUCAUACUUACAGAUGUAAGCCAUUGAAUGCUGUACAUAUCACGAGACCAAACAAUUAAACAGGUAACUGAUUUAAUAGUGGUCAUAUGGUUUUGCUAUGAUAUUGUUCUGGUAAAAAUGAACUUAGUCGUUUUAAGUGUGUGUUUGUUAUUUCGGUUCAUGCUGUGAAAAUUUUUAUAAUACUGUACUGGUGUCUGUUUGAAUGUUAAUGCAUAAUAUUAGAUACUUAACAACGACUAUGACAAUGUUUUUCUGGAAAGUUUUGUGAACAAUGCCGUUCGUGUAUUCACCAAAUGGAGUGCUUGAUAUGUAUAUUUCUCGAUAGUUGUACACGUGUAACUUGAGGUAGAGGCCACUGCCUAUAAUACACACACACACACAAACACAUAUGUGUAUGGUAACAAGACUGGCCAUAUUUUUAAAUCGCAAUACCUCAUUUUGUUUAGGAUACAUAUUGUUUGUAAUUAAUUCUUCUGUAUAUUUGUCUCGGAUACAUAUUGUUUGUAAUUAAUUUGUAUAUUUGUCCAGAAGUCUAAUUUGUUUUCUGGGCUUUUUUUUUUUACAAAAUGUGAACAUGAAAUGAUGUGCAUUAUGUUACUACUAGCCAACCGCCUUGUACAUACGCUGCCGAUACAAAUUAUUUGGAAGAACCACACACGUGUCAAAACUGUUUCCUUGCUUCAUUUUUCAUGAAUUAUACCAUGUUGUCAGAAGUGAUUAGACAAUGCUACUUGUUGGUCAAGCUGUGAACUCUGAUGUGUUGUUUCCUAGGCCAGUUCUGCUGCGCUUAUACCUAACCCUCCAUCUUCAUUUGAUGCACGUGCCAUUAUCCGGUCUCAAUAUAGCAUUACGCGGUGCGCAGGUCCAACGCCUUGCUUACUUCUACUGCUUGCCAAUCUACUUGGUGUGACUAGUGUAGACUUUGUCCACGACAAUAAACAGAAGGAAAUCA